GUCUGCACCUGCUGCAUCGCUUUGAGGUCUUCCGACCCGCCAUCAAACGAGAUCUCGGCGCCAAAAAUGACAUGACAGUGUGGCUCUGUGCCUGUCCAACAAAUUUUUGCGACUCCAAUGCGACUUUAAGCUUUUUCCAUAGCGACCCACAAGAGAAAAGGUCAUGCAAGCGCCCAUGACCUGAGAGCAACAGGGCGCAGUCAUUCACUGCUGCAAUCCAUUCGUCAGCUCAUUUCUUAUCAUUUCGAAACAUCCCUUAUCACAAAAGAACCAAUGCGUGCGCCGAUAGCUGUGAUGAGAGGGCAGCGCGACGGCGAGCAAGCCGACACCAACACAACCCUUUCUCGUCAGCCCCGCAGAGUCCUCACGGGACAGCAAGAGGUUUCUCGAUACACACAACGUCAGGCAGAUACAGGUGCGUAUUUACCUGAGCGACAACGUCGGUUAUGGCGAGAGUACGUCGCUGAUAGAACUUCCCCAACGGUACGGAAUGAGGAGGCCCGUCGUGUGCCGUCAGCGCAAGCUCGUGGUGCGUAUUUUCUGGAAGGCUUUGAUUCAGAGAUGUCUGCUAUGGAUGAGUUGGAUGGUCGCGAGGAAACGUCUGCGCAACGCGGCAUCGUGGAGGAGGAUUUUGAGGAGGAUGAGGAUGAGGAUGAGGCGGAUGAAGAUGAAGACGAAGACGAAGAUGGAUCGGAUUCUGAUGCAUCUGAUGAAGAGGAGGCUCCCAUUUCUCGUGCACCGAGAUUGCCUCACUCCCGAUCAAACGGUUGGGUAGCACGCAGCACGCAGCAAGAGGCGUCAAGCUCACAUACAACGACGCGCACUGCCAAUACAUCUCGCAAAGUCUUGCUCCUUCGCUUGUUUCGAUCGGUGCCUGAACCCAUUCAUGGGACGAGCAUGCGCCGUCAGCCUUGUUCACUGCUGAGUGCGGGUUCUCGUUUUUCAGGCUGUCAGUCAUUGACAGUCUACCUUGAUCCACCGCAAGAUCAAACGUCACAACUACGCGUCAAGGAGGAGUGGCUCGUGAGUCUUGAAUUUGAAGCGGUUGAUUUUGCAGCUGGCACGGUGUAUGGCCGUAUGCGCGCGAGUCAUGUCCCGAAUGCGAGUGUUUCUUCGAUUGUUACGUUGUUUGAAGGUGAGAUUCUGGAUCACCUGCUGACGGGCAAGUGGAAUGCAACGGUUGAGACAGAUGUGUUGUACUGGCGCAAGCUGAGUCCGUUUCGCAUGAUGGAGGAGGGUGAAGCACUGCAAGCGAUGGCACGGUGUCGUGAACUGUGCCACGAGCAUGUAUUUAUGCGAAUGAAGGAGACUGCGUUUGGGGAUGCGAAGAGUGCGGAAGCUGGGUUGACCAUCAGUGGCUUCUACUAUGCAAGUGUGCGUCGGUCGGAUGGCAAGGUGGAGGGUCUGUACUUUGACCCUCACUCUGCGCCGUUGCAGAAGCUGUUGCUGCGGCGGGAGGAUGGGCCUUACCAGAGUGCAGCUGUGGCAUUCAGGUAGCAGAGAUAGUGCAUGCCAUCUGAAUAUUCCCUCACUUGCCAACUCGCAAACACAAUUUUGUCUUGGCAGGCAGAGUGGAAAGUGUAGCGAGUACUGCAGUCUGUAUACUGUAGAGAGUACAGGAU